AUGGCGUCCUCAGAUGUCCACGUCCGAGUAUGUGAACAAGAAAUACUCAAAUAUGACCUGGAAAUCAAAGCUCUCAUCCAGGACAUUAAUGAGUGCACAGGCCCUCAAAGCAAGCUGACAGAACUGAACACAAAUGUGAAAAAGAGUUUCCACAAUCUCAGGUUGCGGAUUCAGGAUUUUGAGCAGAUGGCUAUGGAGCAGGACAAAGAGUCAGACAAACAAGCUUUGAUCAGUCAGGUGGAGGGGCACAGAAAACAGAUGUUGAGCAACCAGACCGGCUGGAGGAAAGCCAACCUGGCCAGCAAACUGUCCGUCGACAAUAUGGAAAAGCAGGCACUUCUCAAUGGAGCAGAUAGCGCUGUGAGGCAGAGGAAGAUGACCAAAGAGGGCUUGGCUCAGACAAGCAGUGACAUCACAGAGAACCUUAUGAGCAUCAGCCGAAUGAUGGCGCAGCGGGUUCAGCAGAGCGAGGAGACCAUGACGUCCCUAGCAACCUCCUCGAGGACCAUCCAGGAGACCAAUGAUGAAUUUAAGACCAUGACGGGGACCAUCCAGCUCGGGAGGAAACUCAUCACCAAAUACAACCGUAGAGAGCUCACCGAUAAGCUGCUCAUCUUCUUGGCGAUCGCCCUCUUCCUCGCCACAGUUCUCUACAUCCUAAAGAAGAGACUGUUCCCCUUCCUGUAGACCAGGUACCCUUUUUUUUUUUGAAGAGCUCUCCCAUUACCGCACACAGUUUUUUUUUCCCCCCGUGUUUAGUGCAAAUGAUUUAAACAAAUCUGACUGCUGUGUGUAAUAGUACACACACAUUACACACAAGUGUCUGCUCGGUGGAAUGUGGACCGCUCCCUCUGCUCAACUGUGACGCUGCUCAGGGGGAAAUGUUGUCCACACAAGGCGCACCUCCAGGUCCAUGCAGUGUUUUAUUCAUUGAAAAGGUUUUGGUUCAUCAUACAAAGGAAGUAAGAAGAUGGCCGUGUUGGUGGCACAGUGCCAUGUGCCAGACGUCUGUCUUUUAUUUGGUUGGUGUGACGGUAAUGCUGUGCAUUGCUUUUAAUGAAAUCCAGGAGAAGAUACCCAGUUCGUUUUUAUAUAUGUAUUCCACGUCAAAGACGUCACAUGUUGCUAUGACUGCAGAUAUUGUGCGUAGGGCAGUAAAACUCAUCUUUACAUAUGGUACACAAUGGGUUAAGGAAAAUAAUGUAAACACAAUUUCGGUCAAACCAUCACAAAACAAGUUUUUAUUUCCAUUCAGCAGUCUUUUAUUUGCAUGCAUGCCAUUAAAACCCUGUUAUAUAGUAUUCAAAACUUUUACUAUUAAUCAAUAGCAGUAUUAAAUAUCACCUGAUUUCAUAAAGUCCCUGUGCAAAUGAUGUACACGCAUUUCGUUACAUUUUUAUUUAUAAGGAUAUACUGUGUAAUUACUGAGGUAUAAUAUAUUACAGCAUUAUACUGACCUAAGUGCUUUUUCUUUCUUACAGAAUAUUGUAAUGCCUUUUUAACUUUGAUAGAAACCCGUCUGCGGUCUCCCAGUUUGGGUUUCACUAGCUGGAUAAGUUUUCCCAACCAUCAUAGGUCAUAGGCGCAGAGCUGUUUUUAGGCUGAAUGGUUUCAAUAUGAGCACCAAAAACUAACUACAUGACUUUUCUCAGAUCUAAUGAUUGUAGUUGGUCCCCAUGGACUUCUUUAGGACUGCAACUAACAGUCAUUUCAAUUGUUGAUUACUUUCUAGACUAAGCGAUUUAAGUUUUUGGUCUUUAAAAUGUCAGAUAAUGGUGAAUAAUGUUGAUCCUUGUUUUCUAGAGCUGAAGAUGAGACGUCCUCAUAUAUCUCGUACAAAGGUGUUCAGUGUUCUGUCAUAGAGCCGUGGAGAAACUAGAAAAUACUCACAUUUAUGAAGCUGGAAUCACAGAAUUGCGACUGUCUUUCAUUAAAAAAAAAUGACUCAAAGGAUUAAUCGAUUAUCAAAAUAGUUGGCAGUUGAUUUAACAGUUGAAAACUAACCAGUUCAUCUUUGCAGCUCUAGGCUUCUUUAGCAAGUUUUGUCUUAAAGCUUUUUGUUAUUUAUUUUUUAUAAGCUCUAGCUUUUCCAGGGCUAUGGACACGGAUAUGCUAAUAAAAAUGGUCCACAAUG